CUGAUGAAGGUCUUCCCCAUUCUGAAUCAUCUUUGGGGACAGACCACCACCUCAAGAGGGACUUGUUCUUGCAAUGAGACAGUGUCAGAGAAAGGAAUUGAAGCAACAUCUGGCAUUUAGUUCCCAACCACAAGCACCAAGGCAGAAGGGCAAGCAGCACGCAACACAGCAACCAGAGCACCAGUACAACCAUGGUCCUUGAGGUGAGUGAAUGCCAAGUGCUAGAUGUCUCAGACUUUGCCACCUUCCUGGAAAACUCUAGCUCUCCUUACGACUAUGGAGGAAAUGAGAGUGACUCCUGCUGUGCCUCCCCACCCUGCCCACAGGACUUCAGCCUAAACUUCGACCGGGCCUUCUCUCCAGUCCUCUAUAGCCUCCUCUUUGUGCUGGGACUCCUCGGCAAUGGUGUUGUGGCAGCCGUGCUCCUGAGCCAGCGGGCCACCCUGAGCAGCACUGACACCUUCCUGCUCCACUUAGCUGUGGCGGAUGCACUACUGGUGCUGACGCUCCCUCUCUGGGCAGUGGAUGCUGCUGUCCAGUGGGUCUUUGGCUCUGGUCUCUGCAAAGUGGCAGGUGCCCUCUUCAAUAUCAACUUCUAUGCAGGGUCCCUCCUGCUGGCCUGCAUCAGCUUUGAUCGCUACCUGAGCAUAGUGCACGCCACCCAACUCUACCGCCGGGGGCCCCCAACCCGUGUGGCCCUUACUUGUGUAGUCAUCUGGGGGCUGUGCCUGCUCUUUGCCCUUCCAGACUUCAUCUUCCUCUCAGCCCACCGUGACAACCGCCUCAAUGCCACUGUUUGCCAACACAACUUCCCACAGUUUGGUCGCACAGCUCUGCGUGUACUGCAGCUGGUGGCUGGUUUUUUGCUGCCCUUGCUGGUCAUGACCUACUGCUAUGCCCGCAUCCUGGCUGUGCUGCUGAUCUCCAGAGGCAGGCGGCGCCUGCGAGCCAUGCGGGUAGUGGUAGUGGUAGUAGUGGCCUUUGCCCUCUGCUGGACCCCCUAUUACCUAGUGAUUAUGGUGGACAUUCUCAUGGACCUGGGGGCCUUGGCCCGCGACUGUGGCCGAGAAAGCCACAUAGAUGUGGCCAAGUCAGUCACCUCAGGCCUGGGUUAUAUGCACUGCUGCCUCAACCCACUGCUCUAUGCCUUUGUGGGGAUCAAAUUCCGAGAGCGUCUGUGGACACUGCUUGCGCGUCUGGGCUGCCCUGCCCUCCAGCGGCAGCCACCAUCUUCUCGCCGAGAUUCUUCCUGGUCUGAGACCACAGAGGCCUCUUACUCAGGCUUGUGAGACUGAUACUGCAGGGGAAUGCCCUUUGGCCCAUGCAGCCCUUCUCCACACUCCAGGCUCACUCUUUCCCUCACUACUAGGCUGGCUCUGGCUUAACCCUGUCCCUGGAGCUCCUUGGCAGCUCCCACACUGCCAGGUCUCCCAGGGAGCUGCUCUCGCAGCCUGGGUGGCUAAACCAUUGCUGCUACUUAGCUGCCAUGCCCCUCUUGCUACUUCAGAGGUGGCUGCCUGGAGGCCCACUGCCCUUCUAACUCAGAAACUAGAACUUGGCCUUUCCCACAUGCAGGGAGUAUGAGCUAAACAGCAUAGUGUUGCCCCAUGGGGCUGUGGUCCAGGCCACCAGCUCAGCAACAACUGUGGCUAUGGUUCCCAAAACCUCUGUAUUUUUCCACUUUUAUUUUUUAUGUCUAAAAUCUUGCUUCACAUUUUUCAAUAAACAAGAUAAUCAGAA